UAAAUAAAUGGAGAGGGGCAUUUUUUUUUUUUUUUUUGGGUUACCCCGUUAUUUAUUGGAAGGGUAUCAAGGAUUGCACGAAGCAGGAAGAACUGGACUUUGUGUGCUUGACUAAUCAGUACUCGUACAAUAUCCCUUCACCGGAACAAGGAAGUAAUCUGUACUCACUCGGUAGUCUCACUCUGUCUCUCUGCAGAACAGAGAAAUGGCUUCUCCUCCAGUGGCGAAGUUCCCGAUCUUUCUGACAGUGCGAAUGAUUAGCGUCUUCAUCACGACUCUUCUUCUCACCUGGGUUCUGCAUUUCAGAGGAGGCCUUGCCUUCGUUUCCCACAAUAAAGAUCUCAUUUUCAAUGUCCAUCCAGUGCUGAUGGUGAUUGGAGUUAUCCUAGUCAAUGGUGAAGCAAUGCUUGCAUAUAAGUCGUUACCAGGAACAAAAGACUUCAAAAAGGCGGUUCAUCUCACAUUACAAUUAGUUUCUUUCAUAUUAAGUUGGAUUGGUGUAUGGGCUGCUUGGAAGUAUCACAACGACAUGGGCAUUGAGAAUUUCUACAGCCUGCAUUCAUGGAUGGGUCUAGCAUGUCUUUUCUUAUUCUUCAUCCAGGGGGUUGCUGGAUUCACAACCUUCUGGUUCCCAGGAGGGUCAACAAAUAGCAGACUCUUUCUCUUGCCAUGGCAUGUUUUCUUUGGGAUCUUUAUAUAUGGCAUGGCUUUAGCUACAGCCGCUGCAGGUAUCUUAGAAAAGUCUACAUUCCUUCAAGCCCGCAAGGUAAUCUCACGCUACUCCAGUGAGGCAAUAUUGCUCAAUUUCAUGGGCUUGAUGAUCAUCAUGUUAGGUGCCUUUGUGAUUCUUGGGGUCCUUACACCAUCUAAUGCUAAAGCCGAUAUUGUCGUUAGAAGCAGUGGGUAAAUUUCGUACUAUGGGUCUUUCAAAAUUGAGGAAGAGGAAGUAUAAUGUGCAGUUUGUUUGUUUGUUUUGAAAAAAACAUGAAACCAUAUAUUAAACACAGAAAGAUUUAUGUGCAGUUUCUAAUACUGCUGAGAUGGAUGUACUAAAUCUCAGAUUGAUAUAGCCAGUUUCUUUCUUUUCUUGUUGCUUAGGUUCUUUUCCCUUGUUCAAAUUCUUCUUUCUCGCUUGAUAUCAGAAGAAUAAAUUGUUAUUCUCUCUUCUGACGAGUUUUCAAAUUAUGUGGCAUGUAUUUUAGUUUUGAAAGUUUAAUAAAUGAUAGAGCACAAUGGCGUCUUGCAAUC